GUCCGUUAUCAUAUUACAGGACGUCAAUAUAACUCGACAUUCGAUCUUUCGCACUUACAUAUUGGUAGACAACCGGGUCUCUAUCGUAAUAUAUUCGUUGCGGAGUAGAUUGUACACAGUACGAAAAGACAAAAUGUCAGGAACUUAUACAAGAACAAGCACGUCAUGUGGUUUGGUUUCACAACAAUAAUUGAAUCACGUACAGGCAUAUUUUUUGCGAUAAAAGUCAUGGCGAUGUUCUCAAACAGUGAAUUUCAAAACUGGAUCAAAGCGUGUUUGGCUAUUAAAUGUGUAAAAGAUGGAAUGAUUCCAUUAGUUGAACAUUACUGCAUAAAACACAGUACUGACAACAUUGAACACGUUUUAAAAACGUGUAAUAUUUCAAGAUACACGUGCAAUCAAUGUGACAUCAAAACCCUAAAACCAUUUCACAAAAGAGGACAAUGUAUGUACAGAAGGUGCGACUGUAAAAACAAUGUUAGACAAACAUGCCCCGAAAACGAGGCUUGCGGUGUGAUUUAUGACCAGAUAAAAGCAAUGCAUGCUUUUAAUGAUCCAAACUGGCUUAUCACUGACAGUACAAUGUGGUCAAUUUGUCCAUUGGAACAGAUGAAAUGUUAUAUCGCCACACCGGGUUACAAGGAGACAAAAAUAUUUGCGAUGCAGACAUCAUUGCUCUUCUUCAAAUAUCUUCGAAUAACAGAGAAAUCAACGCAUUGAUUGGCGCAAGCAGUGGGUAUCUACAUGAGAUUCGCAAGACAAGAAAUGAAAUAUAUCAUUCCAGUUCGAUGAAGGUUUCAAACGAGAAAUAAAAGAUAUUGUAUUUCAUACGGAGAUAUGCCUUAAGGAAGUUGCUACCAAAUUUUCAGAUUGUCGCCCAGAAAUUGACCAUCAACUAAGCGUGCUUAAACGGAUAUCAAAUGAGAAAUUCAGUGUUACAAAACAACACGAAUCAGAUGCUAUUAACGAUGCAAUAAUUGGAGUACAAAAUUCUCUCUUAGAACUGAAGUCUGAAUUAGAUACCUUAUCUACAGCUCAUGCCAAUCAGACUGGAAUAAUUGAUUCCAGACUCUUAGAAAUAGAAGAGCAAUGUAGAAUGUCAAAUCAGUUGAUUACUGAACAUACUGCCCAAAUUCAAGGAUUAUCGGAUCGUUCGAAUACAUACCAGCAUUUAUUGCACCGCUAUCAACAGGACAACGAAAACGACGAAAAGUUGUCAGCUACCAGAAAAGAGAUGAUGAUUGUUUUGGACGAAGUGAAAGCUCUUCAUAUAAAGGUGGACUCGCUGCAAGCUCGUAUGAGCAGUGAAGAGGUCUCGCCGAUAGCAGCCAUAACGUUACCUCGAACGUUAGAAUCCAGGCUAAUCAUCCAUGUAGAAAGCGUGGAUUCAGAGGAAGAAGUUUCACGACGUUUGGAUAGUUCAGCUGCAGAGAUUAUCAAUAACAAGCGCCCACGAACAAGGAAUAUUGUCCUCCGAAACUAUUUAAGUUCUGCUUUUCAGGAUAUUCAGAAAGACGGUAAUAAAGUUAUCAACCACAAAAAAAAAUGCCUGCAGCUCCACAUCGAAUCACAAUCAAUACAAAGCUGGAUUAAAUUGUGUGAAGACUUCUUCAGUGGUUCUCUUGCCAGAGCCUUCCAACCAGUCCAAAGGUAUUUGAAGACAUACGAAGGGUGGGAAAAUCUAACCUUCAAAUUUGAAUUAGAUGAAGAACACUUCAUGCAUUGUGUUAAGUCUUCAUCGACUACUUGAAAACAAUACUGAAUGCAAUGGAUAAUGAUGUGUCUGCAGCAGUUUUAAAUAUCAAAGGAGAAGCUCAUAUUGCAAAAAUGGCUUCCUACGAACAGUUGGACGAGGCUACUUUAGAGUUCAGAAUGACGAUGUGGAGGUCCGAUAUAGAAAACUGUUUUAAGAAUUCGGAUAUAGUUACAAAAUUUGGACAGUAUGGCCUUUUGCAACAAGAAGAAGUUUCGAGACUGUUGGACAUGUAUGAACAAAAAUCGUCAUUAUACGCAGCAAAAAGAAUGCUUCAAAUUAUGUACACAAAAACUCAACAAAGGAAAUGGCAUACAUUCGUCAGUGCUAUUGAAGAAGCAGGCUACGAAUUCGUUGUGUCUCGACUUGUGGCGGAUGAAGUUGAAAUUGCGGAAGAAAGAGAACGAGGAAAGCAUCUUUUGCUCUUUUUCGGACCGCACCUGGAGAACAAAGUCGAUCCAAUUGAGUUAAUUGCUUCAUUACUCCAACGGCAAGUCAUAAAACAAGAAGAUGCAGAAAGGAUAACAAAUGUUACAAACAACAAGUCAAAGGCAGAAGGAAUAAGGGUAUUACUACAGCGUAUACAAAUGUACAUGAAGCCACACAAGUGGUGGAAUGCGUUCAUCAAUAGUUUGUGUGAGACGGGAUAUGAAGAUAUUGCUCGUCUUCUGGAACCCGACUAUCUGUGCUGUAAAGCAUUAGGAGAGGAAUGCGAAUCAGAAGAUGAUGCGUUGGAACUCACCAUGGAAGAAAAAAUGGAAGUUGAGCCCAGCAGUGAUCUUAAUUGCCAGCCUUUGACAUCUGAGCAAACGAAUUCAAUGAACAGCAUGAAUGAUCUAACAGCUAAGCAAGCCGAACACGUUCCUAUCACUAGCAUCAACUGCAAUGCAGAUCGAACUGAAUUCAACUUGAAAGAGCUUAACAUCAAACCCGACAAUGACAAAACGUUCGACAGAGAUGAGAAUCUUGCCGACGACUGUGAUGAAAUGAAUGACAGGAACUCGGACUUUGGUGGGAGUGACGUAGAGGACGAUGUAGACGACAACUUAAAGAGGAAUCGCGACCUGAACGACCAAAUCCAAAGAGCAUACACGCUUGAAGACUACCAAGAGGAGUUAGCUGAAAAAGCUGUUUGCGGACAUAACACGAUAAUCUGCGCCGAGACUGGAACGGGAAAGACCUGGGUCGCGCUUCAUAUCAUCGACAAGCAUCUGUCAAAAGCCGUACCGGGGAGUCGUAAGGCUGUCUUCAUGGCAAAUCAAGCAGUCUUGAUAAAGCAGCAGUCGAAUCGAUUGAAAAAGUUCUUGCCGCAAUACCGCACAAAGCUUAUAACAGGAGAGGGUGACGAAUCUAGAAUACUGGACGCCUUUAUUCCCGACAAUGAUAUACUCUGUUUUACUCCACAAAUUUUACUGAAUAGUCUUGAGAGUGGAAACAUAUCCAGUCUCUCGAAAUGUUCUCUUCUUGUCUUCGACGAAUGCCACCACACUAAGGGAGAUGCCCCUUACGCGAGGCUUGCAAGAAGGUAUUUACAGGAGAAGAGUAAAUCAAACGUAAAACUGCCACAGAUUGUGGGUUUAACGGCCUCUAUUGGGGUUGGAAGGGCAAGGUCGAAAGACGAAGCAGUUGAGCAUAUUUUACGGAUUUGUGCUUGUCUGGACGUUACACCACCGCUAUCCACAGUUGUGAAAAAUCGAAAUAACUACGAGAAGUUUGUAAACACGCCCAAAGAAGAGACAAUUAAGAUGGUUGUGAAGAAUCCUGACCCAUGCAAACAUGUUUUGCUUAAGGCCAUGGAAGAAACCGAGGACAUAAUGCAAGGAAUGAUACUGUUUCAAAGCAGUCUGGUAGACCUUUUCGAAGAAAAGCGCCCAAAUGAGCGCGAAUCGCAGGCGUACAACAACUGGACCGUGGAAAUGAUGAACGCAGCACAGCAACGAGUCGGUGACGCAGAAAUUGCACGGGAUAUCAGCGCAUGUGCCGUGUACCUAAAUGUAUACAAUUCUGCCUUAGAAGUUAAUAAUCUGCUCCGAGUCCUCGAUGUGGUUAAAUAUCUUGCUUUGAAACACGAAGGCGAAUUUAAGGGAAAACACAAGCACACAGAAACAGAAAAGCGAUUAUUUGAUAGUCUUCGUGCUGUCCAGACACAACUGUCGAAAUUGAACAAAGACAAGGAAGCAGAUAAUCCAAAUGUGCACACAAUCAGUAAGCAGCUUCAGGAUAUGCUCCAAGAGAAAGGAGACGAUUCGCGUGCAAUAGUGUUUGUAAAGGCGAGAGCAACAUGCCAAGCAUUGGCUGCAUUCCUUGACAAGGAUUUACAGGCCUUCGGUAUACGCGCCAGACCUUUGUUUGGGAAACAAUCUAAAGGCGCAGAUGAAGGUAUGACCGAGAGCGUUCAAACUGAAACCGUAGAGAAAUUCAGAGACGGGCACUACAAGGUGAUGGUCUGUACAUCAGUGGGUACAGAGGGCAUUGACGUACCGGAUUGCAACAUCGUCAUCAACUACAACUAUUCUGGGGAUGAAAUCACAAAGAUUCAAAUGAAAGGGAGAAGCAGAAAGAAAGGGGCCACUCAUGUUAUGGUAGGCGAUGAUAAACUACUAGAACAGGAAAUGGUCAACGCGUAUAAAGUGGAUUUGAUGCGCAAAGCAAUGGUUGAUAUUCAGAAUCUUAAUGCAUCAAACAUCCAGUACAAGAUCAGGAUGUUUCAGGAAAAUGAAAAAAAGAAAUUUCUUCUCAAGGAUGAAUGUUCGAAAGCAAAGAAAAUCUGUUCCGAAGUAGAUGACAUCGAAGUUCGUUGCAAACAUUGUAAUGAAUUUGGAUGUUUUGUGUCGGAUCUCCGAAAAUUGGAUUGCCACUACUUUGUAGUAGAUGCGGACUUUAGAAGCAAGGUCACACGGAAGCCUGAUACCCCGAGGAAAUUCGAUGGGAUUGAAAUUAAGGUAAUCAUGGACUGUCCUAAAUGUACCAAAAUGUGGGGACAUGUUGGACAAAGAGAGCAAACCGAGCUUUAUCUUCUCAAACUUGCACAAUUCAAGUUUGUAAGGACGGCGAAUGGAGAAGCAUUCAUUUAUAGAAAGUGGGCAGAUGUCCCAUUCCAAAUUCCAGAGUUGAAACCAGGCGAUAUUUCAAAACUGUACGGAAACUGAAUAAGACUUUGCGUUUAACAGAAAUGGACAAUAUGGAAGACUUUUCUUAUGUAAAAAUGUAUGUUGUAUACUUAAGUGUGUUUUAUUAUUUCAAUGUUUUCAUUAUGAUGAUGAUGAUUUUAAUAAUUAUAAUGAUCAUUUAUAGUAUGUUUUAGUUGCAUGAUUAAGAUUAAGACUAUUAUUAUUUGUAAUCGUAAGUGUAUUUAUAUUUUAGUAAAAAUGAGUGUAGUAGAAGUAAAAAUAGUAGUGCUAUAAAAGUAGUGGUGGUGAUGAUGGUGGUUGAUAUGGUGGUUGUGGUGAUACUAGUAGUUAUAGUUGUGGUGGUGGUUUUAGAAACACUAGUUUUAGUGGUGGUGGUCGAAUAUAAGUAUAAGUAGUAGUACUAGUAAUAGUAGUGAUGGUUGUGGUAGCGGUGGUGUUUGUGGUAGUGGUUGAAAAAGUAGAAAUAACAAUAACAAUUUAUUUCAGAAAAAGGAACAGGAAAGAAAAGAUGCGUUAUUAUUGCGAGUGUAGCUAUUAUGUUGCUUUUUCUGUGUAAACAUACGUUGUGAUGCUGUUAAUUUUUUUUAUAUAUUACUCUUGGUCACUGUCUAUUAAUAAAGAGUCUAAACAUA